GGAUGGUAAUGACUUGUACAAGGGGAAACUUCCUCAGAAUUAGGGUGUUGUGUUAAGACAUUUUAGUCGUUUUGUUUAAUCCUAAUUGGCGUUAAUUUCCCAGUACUUAUCAUUUGAAAUUAUUUCUGUGGAUUAAUCUUCUGCUGACUCUAUGACAUCCUGGAUGUUUCCUCUUUCAUACUACCAAAAACAUUACACCAUAAAAAAAAAAAAAACCAGACAAAUAUUACGAAAAUGUGAGAGAAUCUUCUAGAAAGCUAGAAGAUUCUAUGAAGGACUCAGCUCAGGGUCGUCACUGCAGACUGUUUCUUGCCCUUCUUGCAUUUACUAUAUAGACUGCACCAUGUAGUCAUGCUGACGUGGUCAAUUACGUACCUGGUUUCUAUAUGCCGCUAAAGCUCCUUUCACACCAAACAACCAAUUAACGAAUUCCCUGUUACACAACACACACACACUCUCUCUCUCUCUCUCUCUCUCUCUCUCUCUCUCUCUCUCUCUCUCUCUUGUUUUUGUUAUUUUAAUUUCUUAUCCAACAAGAAAUUAACAAAGUCUUUGUUGUCACAUAUUCUCAAUUGUCAACCACAUAUAUGAAAAGUCUAAUAUCUCAGUGGCCAACUUUCCCCUAUAAAUACCAAACCCUCCAAUCCCCAAAUGUUCCAUUCCCUUGUUCAUUUUUAACAUUCCAUCCCAAAUACAUCAAGUCUUUAAUUAGCACUUAAUUAAUCUCUUGUGUUCUUGCUUGCACAUGACCAUGAAGAGGAGCAUCACAGAAAUGAGAGAGCUUGACCGCAGCCUAACCAUGGCCAACUGCUUGAUGCUACUCUCCCGUGGCAGCCACGACCACCACCAAUACGACACCUUCUCCGCCUCCCCCACCCGGGUUUUCGAGUGCAAGACUUGCAACCGCCAGUUCCCUUCCUUCCAGGCCCUCGGCGGCCACAGGGCCAGCCACAAGAAGCCGAGACUAAUGGGGUCAGGAGAUGGAAAUAGUAGCAACGGCUCAGAUCAGAGCCAGUCACAAGGAUCACCACCAAAACCUAAAACCCACGAGUGCAACAUAUGCGGGCUGGAAUUUGCUAUAGGGCAGGCCUUGGGGGGUCACAUGAGGAGGCACAGAUCAGCCUUGAGCAAUAAUAAUAAUACUAGUCAGUAUUCUGAUUCUAACUCUAACUCUAACUCUGUGAGCCUGAGCCCUCAGCCUGCGCCAAUGUUUCAAGUUUUGAAGAAGACGAAUAGCGGUAGGAGGGUUAUGUGUUUGGAUCUCAACUUGACGCCAUUAGAGAAUGACUUGAAGAUUCUUCAGAUAGGGAAAGCAGCUCCACUUGUUGGGUUUUCCUAAAUAUAUCUCUAGGUUUUUGAUCCAUUUGUAUUUCUUGUAAUUAAUCACAUAGGGGUUGCUGAUGAGCUUAUUACCAAUUCUUCUUUUUGGUUAUAAGGUGUAUCCAGUAUUCUUUGUUCAUUAUAUAAUUUAUACACCAUAUAUGAUUAUAUAGUUUCUUUGUUUAAA